AUGGGACACAUCUCUUGGGAAGAGGAAAGAGCUUCAAAUGUAGCAAUAUUCUCUGUCACGAAUGAUGACAGGUCUUGCCUUAAGGUAGAGGGCUGGACUGGUUGGCUUCCACAGGGUCCUUCCAGAGCUGUAAUUCUCUGGGUCACUUCUGUUGCUAGCCUUCAGAGGCUGGGAGUGAACUAGACACAGCAAGUACCUGCCCUUUCAGGAGCUCCAACAGUACCAAAGGAGGCAGUGCCAGCAGCAGCAUAACAGUGUCUAUUCCAACUGAAGACUUCACUCAAAGGCGACGGCGGGCGGCGGGGCUUCUCGCUCCGGCAGCGGCGGCGACAGCGGCGGCGGCUUCCGGAGUCCCGCCGCGAAGAUGCUCAAAGUCACGGUGCCCUCGUGCUCCGCCUCGUCCUGCUCUUCGGUCACCGCCAGCGUGGCCCCGGGGGCCGGGAGCCUCGUCCCGGAUUACUGGAUCGACGGCUCCAACAGGGAUGCUUUGAGCGAUUUCUUCGAGGUGGAGUCGGAGCUGGGACGGGGUGCUACAUCCAUUGUGUACAGAUGCAAACAGAAGGGGACCCAGAAGCCUUAUGCUCUCAAAGUGUUAAAGAAAACAGUGGACAAAAAAAUCGUAAGAACUGAGAUAGGAGUUCUUCUUCGCCUCUCACAUCCAAACAUUAUAAAACUUAAAGAGAUAUUUGAAACCCCUACAGAAAUCAGUCUCGUCCUAGAACUGGUCACAGGAGGAGAACUGUUUGACAGGAUUGUUGAAAAGGGAUAUUAUAGUGAACGAGAUGCUGCCAAUGCUGUUAAACAAAUCCUGGAGGCAGUCGCUUACUUACAUGAAAAUGGGAUUGUCCAUCGUGAUCUCAAACCAGAGAAUCUUCUCUAUGCAACUCCAGCCCCAGAUGCACCACUCAAAAUCGCUGAUUUUGGACUCUCUAAAAUUGUGGAACAUCAAGUGCUCAUGAAGACAGUAUGUGGAACCCCAGGGUACUGCGCUCCUGAAAUUCUUCGAGGCUGCGCCUAUGGACCUGAGGUGGACAUGUGGUCUGUAGGGAUAAUCACCUACAUCCUACUUUGUGGAUUUGAACCAUUCUAUGACGAAAGAGGCGAUCAGUUCAUGUUCCGGAGAAUUCUGAAUUGUGAAUAUUACUUUAUCUCCCCCUGGUGGGAUGAAGUAUCUCUAAAUGCCAAGGACUUGGUCAGAAAAUUAAUUGUUUUGGAUCCUAAGAAACGGCUGACAACCUUCCAAGCUCUCCAGCACCCAUGGGUCACAGGUAAAGCAGCCAAUUUUGUGCACAUGGAUACUGCCCAAAAGAAGCUCCAAGAAUUCAAUGCCCGGCGCAAGCUUAAGGCAGCAGUGAAGGCCGUGGUGGCCUCUUCCCGGUUGGGAAGCGCCAGCAGCAGCCAUGGCAGCGUCCAGGAGAGCCAGAAGGCCAGUCGAGAGCCAUCUCCAAUCCAAGAUGGCAAUGAAUAUGUUAAAGCCAUUCCAGAAGGAGAGAAAAUUCAAGGAGAUAGGGCCCAAAUGGCAGUUGAGGGGGCAGAGGCUGAGCUGAUGAAGGUGCAGGCCAUAGAGGAAGUUAAAGAUGCUGAUAUACAUGCUGCCAAGGCCACCAAGAUGGUGUCCGAGGCACUAGAGGAUGGGAUAAAGGUGGCUGACUCAGAAAUAGAGGAGGGCCUAGUGGAGGAGAAGCUGAAGACAAUGGAGGAAGCAGCAGCCCCCAGAGAAGGGCAAGAAAACCCUGCUCUGGGAUUUGGAGCUCAGCAGAAUGAUGUGAUCCUGCCAGAGUACUAAAUUGGCUUCCUUCCAAUCUGGAAACCAAAUCCUGGCAUUUUGUGCAUUUUGUCCUUCAGCAAGGAAGGUAUGGAAGCAUGAUAUGCACUAUAGUGAUGCUGUUUUUGAGGUGCAAAAAAAAAAAAAAUACAUAUCUAUCAGUUGGUAAUUCUAACUUCAAUGCAUGUGACUGAUUUAUGAAAAAAUAGUGUCUUUCAUGGUAUGUAAUGGAUACCUAAUACCGAUGGGUUAAAUUUGAAAUUGCAAGUAAACAUAACAUUUAAAAACAUACAUCUUCAGGGACCAGUAGUACACAUUUGAAGUAAAUGGUAACAAAUUGUUUUUGCUUUGAAAACCUAGCCAUCGUACAUCCUUUGGAUUUCUUCACAAGGCAGUAAUUCCUUUGGACUAUUGUUCAGCUAAUAGUAGGUAGUGGUAUAAGACAUGUUCCCAUGACAUGCACAACAUUUUAAUUUUCAUUCAUGUGUUCAAACUAUUUACAAAGAGAUGGUUAUAGGUUAUAGUUGUAUGGUGUGUGCAAAAAAAAAAAAUUCCACUUAAAAAUUGUAAGAAAUUGAAGCAUACUUUUUAAGAGCCAUGAAACCAUAUGCCCCUAAAGCUUCUGUGGAAAAUGCUUUUUUAUUUUCUCCUUAUUUAUAUGCAUCAUAUUACUAAUAACCAAAAAUGUUCUAUCACAAAAUUCUGCCAUUUUACAAUCCUGGAGAAAGUAUUUUACAAAUUCACACUGAGGAAUUUAUUCUUCCCUUCACCUGCUCUCUAAUAAGAUGUCCUUCUGAUUGCCUACACUCAGGGUAGAAUAAAGAAAUUUAGGGAAGGAAAAGAGAUAAG